GCAAGCCGGUUAAAGUCCCUCUUCUCCACAGUCCGGUGGAGGGUUUGCACACAUAAUUACUAAACUCUUGGACUAUUCACUGAUAAAACUGCAGCCACAGCAGCACAGACAAAUCUUGAAUCAUCUUGGCUACUUCCACUUUAGUCUUUCCCUUCACUGGUUUUCCAUUCACGCCUGUGAGUUCAUCGCCUGCUGCCAGUGUCCCAUCCAGAGCUGCUGGGGUGUUAUCAAAGACCUGCGAGACAACAUUAAAGCCACAUUAAAAAGAAUAAAUUAGGGGAAACUGCACAGUCACACUACUUACAGUUUGUCUUCCAGGACAGAAGACCAACCUUUCCUACGUCUCCCAUUAGCUCCAGGACUGUUCACCAACACCAGCACCCAAAAUGAGCAUGCAACUCGAAUUGAAGAAUGUGAAUCUGAGAGCUGGAGAUCAGCUGAAAGUGAAGGGGCUAAUUCUGCAUGAUGCUGAGAGAUUCCAGAUUGACCUCGGCUGCUGUGCAGACGACCUGGCACUGCACUUCAACCCUCGUUUCCAUGAUGACGCCGAUGGAGCUGUUCUCGUUUGUAACUCAAAGACCGCUGGUUGUUGGGGCGAUGAGAAACGGGAAAUACAAAACCCCAUGCAAAGGGGCACAGAUGUCAAGAUCGAGUUGAAGCUGUGUGGAGACGUGUUUGAAGUGGAGCUUCCUGAUGGACAGGAGGUCCAGUUUCCCAACCGUGACAACAUGGACAUCAUCAGCUACGUCAAAAUAGCAGGAGACUUUAAACUGACUUCCUUCAAGAUCUGUUGAGAGACACAACUGCUGUAACAUGUGCAUGCUGUGUAUAUCAGUUUGGUGAAAGACAAGAGUUCAGUCAGUUAUUGUGAGAAAUAUGAUCAAUUGAGAGAUAUAUAUCUUCAGGACACUGGAAAUGUAUCUUUAUUUAAGUAUGUCCUGUUGUGCACAAGAAUAUAAAGGCUUUACAUUCAAACUA